UCCACGUAUUAUUUUGCACAACAUAACAAGUUGGUAUUAUUUCUUCUAUUAAGCUCUCUCUCGUUUGGGAUAGAAGAAGAAAGAAAGAAAGGGAAGACCAAGAUGCCUUGUCUUUACAUCUCUACAAACGUGAAAUUGGAUGGAGUUGAGACAGAUUCCAUAUUUUCCGAGGCCACCAAAGCCGUCGCUACCAUUAUCGGAAAACCUGAAAAGUUUGUGAUGGUCAUACUCAAGGGAUCUGUUGCCAUAUCGUUCGGCGGGAACAAUGAUCCGGCGGCAUAUGCGGAGGUGGUGUCGAUGGGCGGUAUAAAUUCGGCAGUGAAGAAGGAGCUCAUUGUAACUCUUGGCACAAUUCUGGAAUCUAAGCUUUCAAUUCCAAGGACUCGAUUCUUUCUAAAGGUGUACGACACCACCCUCGGACGAAACAAGUCCAAGUUAUAAGGAGCUUCCAUCCAAAGGGGAAAAAAAUAAUAAUAAAUAACAAAUAAUAAUUUCUGGGAUUUUUUUUGACAAUUUGGUCCAAGCCAAGGUUUAAGCACUGUUCCACCCAGGAAAAGACCACCCACCGCGACAGGGAAAAAAAAAUAAUAUUUCACUUUGGCAAUUUUAUUUUUUCGUAUGAUUUAUGUAUGAGUUUACCUUUUUCUAUUUAUGUCACGCUAAAACUUUACAUAUAUAGUUCAAAACGACAUGAAACUAGUUCAA